AUGGGACAGCGACAAUUUCGGAGAGUGGGAGUAGUUGAGGGAGGAGGAGGUGAGUGUGUGCGUUGGAUAAAUCCCCCAACACUGACACCCACCGACCACAAGGCGGAGCUGCAUCCUCGGCCUGACGAGACGCCUGUGGGUGUGGGCAUCGGUGACGGCAGGCAGGAGAGAAAGCAGAGAGGGACAGAGGAACCAAAGAAUAACAGGCAGAAAAAGAGGGCAUUUCGGAGGUUUUCCUCUGUUUUCUUUUUUUCCUCUCGCCCCAAGUCCACCAAAGCUCAGGAUGAGCAGGUGGAGCAGUGUGAGGUGGACCAGGACACUGAUGAAGCCCCAUCCAGGAGGUGUACUGAUGAUCAGACUUCUUUACAGGACAUCAUCUGUUCUGUAGAGGAUAAUGAUCAUCAGGCACCUUCUUCCAGUAGUCCUGAAGUCCCCUCCACUGCCAAAAACCAGCAAGUGGUGGACGUCAAGCCUCAAGAUCCAAGUCCAGCCAGUUCAUCAUCAGGUGACACUGGAUCACAUCUGCUGAGACAGCUGGACUGUGACAAGAUCGUGAGGGCAGAGGAUCACAUUUGCUGGAAAUAUGCCAUUGGCAAGAAAUUGGGGGAAGGAUCAUUUGGCUCUGUCUUUGAAGGGACCCGUUGCAAGGACGGCCUCAUGGUUGCUGUGAAAUUCACAGCGAAGACAGGGAAAGAGCCAUACAUCAGCCUUCCUGACCAUCCCAGACCAGUUCCACUUGAGGUGGCCCUGACAGUAAUGGCCAAUCAAGGCCCACGCUGUCGGCACAUUAUAAAGUUGCUGGACUGGCAGGACCAUCUCGACCAGUACAUAAUGGUCUUAGAAAGGCCCUCUCCCUGCAUGGACAUGCACAGCUUUUGGCUGCGUUCCAGAGGCCGCUUCAGUGAGAAACUGGCUCGUCGUUUCAUGCGGCAGGUGAUUGUGGCUGCUGCCCUGUGCUGCUCUAGGGGUGUUCUGCAUCGAGACAUCAAAAUGCAGAACCUCCUAGUCAACACAAAGACCCUGGUGGUUAAAUUGAUUGAUUUUGGCUGCGGAGACAUCAUGAAAAGCUCAUCCUACGAAAACUAUGCUGGCACAGCAGUUUAUUGCCCCCCAGAGUUCUUCAAGAAGGGCGAGUACUUUGGGAAGCAGGCAACGGUGUGGUCGCUGGGGGUCCUGCUGUUUGCCAUGAUCAGCUGCCGUUUCCCAGACAGCAGAGAUUUAGUUUUGAUGGACCAUGAUGUCUGGUUCCAGUCGGGCUUCUCAAAUGAAUGCUGUCGCUUUAUUCAAGGUUGCCUGAAGAGCGACCCAAAGCGGAGACUCCAUUUGGAUGAGAUGCUCUUCCAUGACUGGUUCAAGGUCAUCGAGGAGAGACGGAGAGAUGGAUCUCUCCAGCCUCAGCGUCUUGCGGGGCUGGCAGGCCUUGGUUGCGCCUGGCGCCUUGGCUUGAGGUGGUUUUAGCGUCUUGCGGUUCUGCCUCCAUCUCUCCAGCCUCAGCGUCUUGCUGGGCUGGCAGGCCUCGGUUGCGUCUGGCGCCUUGGCUUGAGGUGGUAGUUUUUGCGUCUUGCGGAACUACUUGCCUAGGGAUGUGUGUAUAUUGUAAAUAGUUCGUUUAGUUUUACUUAGUUAAGUUAGCCCCUCCAUCUCUCCAGCUUCAGCGUCUUGCGGGGCUGGCAGGCCUCGGUUGCGUCUGGCGCCUUGGCUUGAGGUGGUAGUUUUUGCGUCUUGCGGAACUACUUGCCUAAGGAUGUGUGUAUAUUGUAAAUAGUUCGUUUAGUUUUACUUAGUUAAGUUAGCCCCUCCAUCUCGCCAGCUUCAGCGUCUUGCUGGGCUGGCAGGCCUCGGUUGCGUCUGGCGCCUUGGCUUGAGGUGGUAGUUUUUGCGUCUUGCGGAACUACUUGCCUAGGGAUGUGUGUAUAUUGUAAAUAGUUCGUUUAGUUUUACUUAGUUAAGUUAGCCCCUCCAUCUCGCCAGCUUCAGCGUCUUGCGGGGCUGGCAGGCCUCGGUUGCGUCUGGCGCCUUGGCUUGAGGUGGUAGUUUUUGCGUCUUGCGGAACUACUUGCCUAGGGAUGUAUAUUGUAAAUAGUUAGUUUAGUUUUAUUACUUAAGUUAGCCCCUCGAUCUCUCCAGCCCAAGCGUCUUGCGGGGCUGUCAGGCCUCGGUUGUGUCUGGUGCCUUGGCUUAGUUUUGGCGUCUUGCGGACACAUUGGUGUCUCACAGUGGAUUCGAACCCGGGUCUCUCACACCAAAGGCAUGUGUCUUAUCCACUGCGCUAUUACCACCCCGCAUUUCUCAGCUGCCUUGGGCCCAGAGAUCCUGUCAGAGAUGCUCCAGAAUUCUCAGUGAAGACAGCCAUAAAGCUUCCUGUCUCUGCUGCUCCAAAACCUGCUGAGGCUCCACAGAAUCACUGUGAAGGUUCAUUCUGCUGCAACUCCUGUCCCUGCUACAGUUCUAGAGCUCCGUGUCAAAGAAGCUCAGGUUGUUAAGCUUCCCAGAGGUUACUGACAUGACUACAAAGUUUCCUCCUUAUGGUGCAGAGGUUCAUGCCACAGUUGGCAAAGAAGUUCCAGCUCCACUUGCUGGUUUUCGGCAGUGGGGGGGACUUCAGGACUACUGGAAGGAGGUUCCUGAUUCCUAUAUACACCUGUGUGCCACAUUAAAAACAAAAUGUUUCUGAAAAUGUCUUGUUUUAUCAGGGAAACAUUUCCCUAUUAUGCUUCAGUUCUAGACAUUAAGCCUCUCAUUUUACCCAGACUGAUCUAAUGAAAUGGCGUAUGUAUGACACGCCAAUUCGUAUUUCCAUUUUUGGCGGGCUAUCAACACGCAUAAUUGCUUUUCAGCAUGUUUAUGAACCCUUUGACUUAACGUUACAUUACUGUAUAAAUAUAUGACCAAGCCCAACCCCAUCACUAAACCCACUGGGCUUAAUACCAUUUAUGAGUCUUCCCCCUACCAUCCUAGGAAAAAAAUAUCGCUCCCUAGAUGUAGAUCUACAUUUUGCUUCGUUUCGAUCGGACAUUUAACAGCGUGUACAUAGAUGCAAGAUCACUCAGACAUUUAAUGACGUAGACAUACACGCAGAUAGCUUAAAAUGCGUAUAGAUACCGCGCCACUUGACUUGAAAGUGGCGUGUAUGUUUACGCAAAAGUCAUGAUGUCAUGUUGUUUACCAGUAUCACCAGGUAAGUAAUGCCAGGUAAGUGACUUCUCAAAGUAGAGUUACACUAUAAGGCCCUCCAUUUAAUAUUUGAAGCUCAAAGUAUCUGUAUGUGAUUCACCUACAGACAAGGUCCAAACGCCAAAUUUGACUUUGGGGAGGAGAUAAAGCUGGGUGACCUGAUAGUGGCAGAUGAAACUAUAUAUAUAAAAUAUUGAUUGACAUGAAAUUUGAUGAAUAACAAAUUGAAAUGGAAGACAUACAACCCUAAACAAAAUGUUUCAACUUGCAUAUGGUACAACUUACCUCAAUGGGAAAUUACCAUUAGAAGACGUGCUAUUCCAUG